CUUUUUAGUCUUGUUCACACCCCUUAAAGAAGAUCUAUGUGUGAAGCUCUAGCUAGCUAGCUAGCCUUGUAAGCAUCUUCUUAGACAAAGUGGUUCAGAUAUUGGAUUGAGAAAAACGUAGAUCUACAUUGUUUGAGGAAGAAAAUCCAAGAGACACCAUCGAAAAAAACUACACGCACGCGCGCGAAAUUGAUUGUGAAGCUGACUGAGCGAAAUGGAAGCUUCUAAUGUGGAGAAGGCUAGUCCUAACACACCCCAAGGUGGGGAUUCAACACCCCUCGAGAAUCAAGUAGCUGCUGCCAUUAGUUCAAGCGACAAUCAACAAGCUACUAGUCUGACUGCAGGAGAAGUGGUGCUACAGACCCUUGGCUUGAUUGGAGGAGACACAGAAGAGCCCAUCCCUGGUUUACACACUGAACAAAAUGGCGGCACUGAAGUUCAAAGCCAAGAAGAUAACGACGAUCCAACGAUUAUUGUUCCAAGUAACGAUCCCACUAUUUCCGAAGAAGUUGUCGUAACUGCGCAAAGCUCCGAGGCCAAUCAAGUAGCCGCAUCACCAUCGCACCUUCAGAUUCAACUGAAUACUGGACAGGGACAGACAAUUCCAAUCGUCAUUCCGGCCACUAUGGCCAGCACUGCUCAGAAUGGAAUCCCAAUUCCGAUCAACCUCGCAACUUUGGCUGGCCUCAAUCUUGGCGGUCUUGGUUCUGGGAUUCCCCUUACACUAAUUGCUCAACCACAAACCCCGAAAUCAAAUGGUGAAGGAUCUAUCAAUGAAGAAUCUGAGGAUGGUGAAGCACCAAGUACGCCUGUUCAAGGUAUUCCAAUUCCGAUCAACAUGGCAACACUACAAGCCCUUCUUGGAAUGAAUCCACAGUUGCGUGUGGGAGCCGGGAGCCCACAAACCCUCACCCUCAACGGACAAAUCCCAUUUAUAUUCACACCCCCAAACACUCGCCAGACGACAAAACGAUCGAAUUGUGUUUGCCCGAAUUGCACAGAGAUUCAGAAAUCUGGCGAGCGCCCCAAAAGACGUACACAUAUCUGUCACUAUACUGGAUGUGGAAAAGUCUACGGAAAGACGUCUCAUCUCAAGGCUCACCUUCGUACUCACACUGGAGAGAAGCCCUAUGUCUGCAAUUGGCCUCUUUGUGAUCGAAAAUUCACCCGUUCUGACGAACUCCACCGUCAUUUGAAGACGCAUACCGGAGAGAAGAAUUUCUUGUGCAAGCAAUGUGACAAACGAUUCAUGCGAAGCGAUCAUCUCUCAAAGCACAUGAAGAUCCAUGGCAAAGAGAGAGCUUCUCCUCGAAAAGUUGGGGAAGAGCUUAUUUCUGGUGCCCCAGAGACUGUACAGCUACUAAGCACGAACGAAAUCGAAGUCCAGAUGUCGGCUCCGGAAGUUAUUGAGCAGAUCACGACUGUUCAAAUCACCACCCCACCAGAGCAAAUUAUCGAGGAGAUGGCGAUGGAUACGACCCCCACCCAGGUGCUCGAGAACCCUGGCAACGUGAUGGAAGCAGAUCAAAUGGCCCAAGCAAUGGAAGAGAAUCAGCCAAACGAAGAGGUGCAAGGGAUCUUGAACGAGUUAGAGUCGAGAGCUGAAGUUGUUGAGGUCGUGCUGCAGACUGCACAAGCUGUACAGUAAGAACUUGUUCACUGGAACUCAAAAAACACCACACAUAUUGAACAGUCACUAAUUUCAUGAUUUAAGAACUAUAUGGCAUCUUUAGGCUGCAUAAUUAUUGUAUGCGUUUGUAAUGUAUGCUUUCACUUUUGCUUUAGUAGUAUAGACUUUCAUUUGUAACACAGAGACUUUAUUAAUGCUA